UUCACUCGGUCGGACAGGAAAUCGUGGUCCGAAUACGCUUCCGCAAAAGGUAGAGCCUGCGCACGUUUCAGAAAGCACGGCACCCGCCUUCAGGACGGCCAAGCGAGUUGCAAGGUUACCACUUCAACAAGCGCUUCGCGGUGAGCGACGAGACCUCUGUGUGAACGACGACACCAAGUGACAGUGAGCUUAUUGCGGCCUGCACAUGCAUCAACCUUCCUGGCUUCACGCAAUCAGCUUGAGUGAGAGGUGACCUGCACUGCCGCCUCCGCAUUUACCCAGCAUGCCCAGCCAAAACGGCGCGAUACCCAACAUCUUCGUUGGAGAUGUGGUGCGAACGACAAGCGAAGGUGCAUAUCCACCACCCAAGCAGGUGGCAGAAGAGGAAGGCUAUGUGCUCCGAGUCUGGAGCGAGGAAGAGGACCUGCUGCCGGAUGACUUCCAGGGUGGAGAACCUUCUGUAGACAGAAAGUUGGAAAAGGGAGAGAUUGGGAUGGUCAUUUGGCCGAGCCAUGCGCGGAAGAUUGCACCAGCUUCCUCAGUGACUCUCAUCGAUCGAACCUUUGGCGUCGGUGAUGUCGUGCAAGCCCGUGCUUCCACAUCGCGCGCAGGCGCAGCACCUCGCACAGGAAUGGUCACAUCUACGCGCAAAAAGCUCAGAUUACGCCAUAUCACCACGGGACAGGAAGCUCACGAUGUCCCCGCCGAACACGUGCGAGGCGUGCUUGGAAUCCUGCCUGGCGAUCACGUCGCAUAUGGAGAUUGGGUGGGGGUUGUGGAAAGCACUUUCGAGGACGCUAUGGUUGCUACGCCUUCUGGAUUGCGCAGAAUAUGUGACGUUGGGGGUCUGCUCACAGUCGGAGAAAUGGAAGAGCUGCAUGGGCCCAGCGGCGGAUCAGGUCUACCUCCAAUGAUCAGACGAGCGCUUGGGUUCGAAUCGCCUUCGGAAACCGACCACAGCCGCCGGCCUGUCAUGAGGCAAGCCAUUGUAAAGGGUCCGCCGAACCGCGAAAGUGUGCACACUGUGCUGAGCGUCAAGCAGCCAAUUAUUGCCGUCGACUGGCUCGCCCUGAAUCAAAAGAUGAGCCCUGAACAGUCGGCCGCGAGCAAAAGACCAAAACGUUUUUGGUAUUCUCACGAAGAAGACGAGCUGAUUGUGCUCAGUCAGGCAUUCGAACACGACUACCCUGUCGGCGACAAAGUAGAGUUUGUCAAUCCCACGAUCGCCGCCCAGCAUGACAUGCAGAUGGAUCAGAUGCACGGCAUCGACGUGACAGGCCUCCAUGUCCUGAGUCGUUCGACGCAGGUGGACGUGCUUUGGCAGGAUGCAACUACGAGCACCGAGCACUCAACCGCGCUAGAGCCUUAUACCAUCCUCGACGAGCACGAUGUCUGGCCAGGCGAAUUCGCAAGCUACCAGCCAGGCCACGAAGCCAUCGCGCAAGUUGGCGUGGUUCAGAGUGUAGACCCUUUCGAGAGGACGGCGCGGUUACGACUGUACAAGGCACAAGAAGAAGUGCUCUCUGUGCCUUUGUUUGACAUUCGACCUCGAUCAUCAGAGCAAGCGGACCUCCGGCUUGGCGACACAGUGCUCAUCGCUGAUCAUUGCACAGGCACGCCUCCUCCGAUGGUACCCACGCUGGGCGCGCCGGGCGAUGAUGCCAACAAUGCUCAGCUUCACGAGCAGCUGUCGAUGAUGGGCAUGCAGGUGUGUGCUUCGAGGCGCUGGGAUGCGGACUCUGCAAAGCUCCGACAGCCCAGCGAAUCUGUUGACUGGUAUGGUGUCGUCGACGCCAUUGGUAGCGAUGGAUCCGUAGUCGUCAAACUUCCGGCCGGCAGAAAGGUGGUCGAGCCGUACGAGCAUCUCAGCCUCCUUGAUGACGGUUUCGAUCAUGGAGGCCCUCACGCGCCGUGGGACAGCGAUCAAGACGAUGAUGACGAAAUGACAGAUGCUUCUCUCACCUCGGACGAAAUCCCUUGGGUUGGCGAAGAUGGCGAAGAGGUAGACGAAUCUGCAUUUGAUGACUGGAUGGAUGUCGAAGAAGAAGCCAAGCAGGAUAUCGACGGUGCCACCAGCAGCGGCGCAGUCAGACGGGCUACUGCCGCGUCCUUGACCAACGGAACCGCCGACAAAGUUGACACUCCUCCGACCGGUGGCGCAGUAGGCGGCUUGUCUGGCACCACUCCAAUCGAGCGCUUCGCUAUUUUGGAGUCUGCUCCUCGGGAUCAUGCUUUCCUGAAGGACGAGCCACGAGGGGUGAGCCGAUUUUUUGCAACCCGCCUGCAAAAGGAAUUCAAAGCUCUGCAGAGCAGUCUGCCAGACUCGAUACUCGUUCGGGGGUACGAGGAUCGACAGGACUUACUCCGUGUCCUCAUCAUCGGAAGCAAAGGAACACCUUUCGAAGACGCGCCGAUUCUGAUCGACUUCUCUCUCAAGGGCGACUACCCGCACUCGCCACCAGUAGCCCAUUACCACAGCUGGACAGCGGGCGAUCGGGUUUCACCAAACCUCUACCAUGAUGGCAAAGUCUGCCUGAGUCUGUUGGGCACUUGGGCGGGCCAAGAAAGCAGCGAAAGCUGGACCCCUUCUCGGUCUACUUUGCUCCAGGUGUUCGUGUCUAUACAAGCGCUCGUGUUGGUCAGCAGGCCAUAUUUUACGGAACCAGACUUGGAGCAGACAUCGGGAACGGAGGCUGGAGAAGCGAAUAGUCGGCUCUACAACGAGCGGGUCUACAUCGCGACAAGAUCUUUUGUGAAGCGCGUGUUGGACAAACCCAUCCUGGGUCUGGAAGACGAGCUGAGAGAGCUAUACCUUGGAAGCGAUGCAAAGCUGCUGCAAAGCAUCAUCAAGCGAGCAGAAGAGCUUUUGGAGGGUCUCGAGAUGCAGGCUGUGCGUCCUGAGCUCGCUGUAGCACCGGUUGAAGAGCCCGUCGUGCAUCGCUUGAGCCGUGGCGGAGCGAUCGUGCUCCACAGGGCCGUCGAAGGUCUGAAGCUAGCCUUGCGCUCCAAAGCCGCCGCAAGCGCUUGACGUCGCGAAACAUGCUGCGUGUGAUAGAGCUGCAAACCCUGCAGCCACCUUUCUCUGGAUCGCGCAGCUGACGGAGACGGGCGCUCUGCCCCACACCACCUUUGAGAAACAGGCUUCGCUUUGCUUGCAUCUGCGCACGUCACCUUGUUAUGUCCGAAUCGUGAAUGUAGACACCGACCCGUCAUCCAUGCUCAUAACUGAGUCAAUCGAUUGCUAGGGU